AUGCGCGCCUCUAUCAUCAUCGCCGCAGUCAUCGGCUCGCUCGGCGCCCAAGCCAAAGACUCCAGCUCCAUCUUCGGAUACUUCUCCCCCUCCUGGGAAGACAGUCAAUUCACCGGUGGUUGGACCAGCACCGCUGCCAGUAUUGCCGGUAUCGAUGCCAAGGCCACCACAUACCACGUUGGCUGUGUGAAAGACGCCCCCAAAUCACUCUGCAACUAUGCCUCCUCGUGGACAAUCAUCCAAGGUCCCGAGACUGUCGACUUCAAGGCCAAAUAUAUCGCUUCCUCUUCUGGCAAGGACAACAGCUACGAUUUCACUAUCACGGAAACAUACGCUUGCUCGUUGAAGUCGUGGACCGAGUCUGCUAGCUGCAGCAUGAGCAUGAGCAUUGGCGGCGAGCAGAAUGGUGGAUCGUCUGCUUCUUCGUCCUCGACUAAGACUACUUACACUACUGCGCCUAAGUCUGAUAUGUACUACCAGUUGACCGUUACUGGUGGGUUGGAAUCGUUGGCUACCGCUACCGCUACUGCUACUGCUGAUAUUGCUGCGGGGGGACCUGCGGGUUCGUUGAUUACUGCUGCUCCUUUGGUUGCGGCCGCUGUGGUUGCCAUGCUGUGA